UCGCUUUUUAUUAUUAAUACUGAAAAUAAAAUACGCCAAUAUGAUAACAUCACUAAUUUGCUGUUGAUCUAUUGACUACCGUCUACCAGUCAGCAGUCAUCGUGUUCACUUUUAAACUGACGACCGUCACCUACCCAGGACAACAGCCCUACUGCAACUCCGAUUUCCGACGAACGGUGUGUCACACUGUCUGUCUAUCGUUUUACUUAACCUUAAGUGUUUGUUCUACUUUCACUGAACCGGACGAACAGUGUCAUUUGUGCUAACGAUAUUCGCAUUUCGUAAUAUCCUGAGAUAAUAUUGGCAUUCCGCGUUUGCCAAUUCUACCUACCAAGCAUCCGAUUUCAUCUACACACGUUUUUCCGUACACGUUUUGGAUUACGCAUCGUACCAAAAUGUCUAUAGCUGAAUUUCUGGAUGGUAUGCCAUCCUUUGAUAAACGCAAUUUUUCGCGUUUUCAUUCAGACAAUGGUCGAAGUAAGCGUGUACCAGUUUAUAUAACAACAGAUGACCAGCCUUGUGAUCAAAUUAUUGUUACUGAUAAGUCAAAUUUGUUACUCCGCUAUUUACAUAACCAAUGGGAUAAAAAGCAUGGAGGUAAAAAAAGAGAAUUGGCUGAAACAAGUGAAGAAUCUGCCUCAUCAUCUAGAAAACGCCCAAGAGUAGAUUUAGCUAUAAUUUAAAUCUUCAUAUAAUAAAAUAAUUCCAAUGUAAGUAAGUUUUCUAAUGUUGUUUUUGGACUAAUAUUCCUAAGUUGGUUAAUUUUAAGAACAAAGCAAAUUGCUAAUAUAAGGAUAUACUAUAGUCUGGUUAUAAAACUAAUUAAUGAUCCACGUGAUAUUAUUUUGAAUGGUUUUUAGAGUUUGCAAAAAUAUUCAAUUGACAAUUGUUUGUUUGGAUAUUCACCGCCUGUAAACUUAAAUAAACAUUCUAUUGAUAAUAUUACAUGUUUAAGAAUAAGUCAUCUAAUUGUUUUCAUUAUAUU